ACAUGAAAUUGUUAGUAAACACGUUAAUUAGAUAAAAUCUAAUUUUGAUUCGUUUGAUCUCUUCACGGUGUAAAAGUCGUGUAUAUAAGCUCUUUUAAAUUUACUAGCAUUUCACAACCUGCAUAAUAAUUUAGAAGCGCAUCUUAAAGAUAAUGGCAGUUGUAAUAAAGUUCAUUAUAACUUUAGCUUUAAUAACUGGGUACAAUGGCGAUUCUUUUACUGUUCAGCUAGUAUCUCCGGCAGCAACUGAAAACUCACAUAAUAGCAUACGAAACUUGUAUGUGGAUCGUCCACUAACUUAUAGUAAAGCGCUAGCUGAUAAUGCUAAAAAUUGCGUGUCAAUGAUGGCACAAAAUCGAUUAGGAAUAUUUGAUCAUCCAUGUCAAGAAAGUGGAGAGAGCAUCUAUUUGACUAGACGAAAUAUGCAAGCAGGAUCAUUUUCUCCUGACCAACUUAUGUCACUUGCAGCACAAGCAUGGCAUGACGAAGUCAGAUAUACAAAACAACCGAGACUUCGAAAGUUUGAUGAAAAUUGGCUAAAAUAUCUCACUAAAGAGGAUGUUAUAAACACGGGACAUCUUAUGCAGAUGCUCUGGGCAAAUACACAAUACGUUGGUUGUGCAAGUGAUUUUUAUGUUGAAAAUGGUGAUCGUGUUUACUAUCUACUUUGUAGAUAUGAUUCUCCUGCCAAUAUAUGGAACUUGAUAGAGCGGUUGAAUAAUCUACCACUUUACAAACCAGAAAACGAUUGUUUUGACGAUCCCGGGUGCGAAAGAAUGGCAACAAAAGUGAAUUGUGAAAAAUUCGAAAAGACACGAACCAAGUGUAAGUUGUCGUGUGAUCCUUAUCUUCCUGUUAAACAAUGUUAAAACCUUUUUUUUUUUCAACACCAUGUAAAUUCUUAUGAAGAAAAAAGUAAAUCAUUA